AUGGAGGACCUCACAAACACGCUCGCGACGCUCGGCCUGGACAAGGUCCCGCAGGAGCCAAACACAUACCCCGCCCUGAACCCAUUCGACAUCUACCGGAGUCACAUCACUGAGUUGUUGUCAUCCGUGUCUGGCGUAGACAAGCAGAUCAUAUACCCUACACUGGCAUGGACUGCAAAGCCUGAGCAUGGAGACUUGCAGUUGGCUGUUCCCGCGCUCCGACAAAAGAAGAAGGACAUGAAGGCCUUUGCACAGGAACUGGCAGAUGCGUUCCCUGAGUCGCCGCUGGUGAAGAAGCCGAUUGUUACCAACACCUCCAUCGGCUUCUUCUUCAAGCCAGAGACGCUCACAUCGCUCGUGCUGCCCAUGGUUCUCAAGUCCAAGGAGGCAUAUGGAUUCAACAAGAACCUUGGUCUCAAGAACCCGCUUGAUCCCUCCUCCGGCGCAAAGAAGAUGAUCGUCGAGUUCAGUUCGCCCAACAUCGCAAAGCCUUUCCAUGCUGGACACUUGCGAAGUACAAUCAUUGGUGGUUUCCUCGCCAACUUGUAUGAGGGCGCAGGAUGGGAUGUCGUUCGUAUGAACUACCUCGGAGACUGGGGCAAGCAAUACGGUGUCUUGGCUAUCGGUUUCGACCUCUACGGUAACGAGGAGGAGCUCGUUAAGAACCCCAUUGGACACUUGUAUGACAUCUAUGUCAGGGUCAGCAACGUCCAGCACGAGGAGGCGGAGAAAAUGAAGGCUCUCAAGGCCGAAGCUGCGAAGCUGAAAGAGGAGGGCAAGGACGCAUCUGAGCAGGAAGCCGAGGUCAAGAAGAUCGAGGCUGAGGGCAUCGAUGAGCAGGCUAGGAAAUACUUCAAGGGUAUGGUUGAUGGUGAGCCUAAAGCGCUCGGUAUCUGGAAGCGCUUCAGGGACCUGUCUAUCGAGAAGUAUAAGCAGACAUACGCACGACUCAACAUCCACUACGACGACUACAGCGGAGAGUCCCAAGUCAAGGACGAGAGUAUGGACCUUGCCGCCAAGAUCAUGUGGGAGAAGAAGGUCUGUGAGGAUUCAGAAGGUGCCGUCAUUGUCGACCUCACAAAGCAUUCCAAGAAGCUUGGCAAGGCUGUCGUCAAGAAGAAGGACGGUACAUCACUCUAUCUGACCCGAGAUAUUGGCGCUGCCAUUGAGCGUGUUGAGAAGUACCACUUUGACCGCAUGAUCUACGUUGUCGCCUCGCAACAAGACCUGCACUUGGCCCAACUCUUCAAAAUAGAAGAGCUCAUGGGCAGGAAAGACAUUUCCGACAAGUGCCAGCACAUCAACUUCGGCAUGGUCCUUGGUAUGUCGACACGAAAAGGCACAGCCAAGUUCCUCGACGAUAUCCUCCGCGACGUUGGUGACAAGAUGCAUGAAGUCAUGAAGACCAACGAGACAAAAUAUGCCCAAGUCAAAGACCCAGAGCAAACUGCAGACACACUCGGUAUCUCAGCCGUCAUGGUCCAAGACAUGAAGGGCAAGCGUAUCAACAACUACACCUUCGACAUGGACCGCAUGUGUUCAUUCGAAGGCGACACAGGCCCAUACUUGCAAUACGCCCACGCCCGUCUCUGCUCUAUUUACCGCAAGGCCGUAGACGCCGACCCUAGCCUUGCUGACCUCGACCUCACAUCUGCCGAUCUGAGCUUGCUUCAAGAAGACAAGGCUGUCGAGUUGGUCCGCCAAUUGGCAUCUUGGCCCGAUACUUUCCUCAACACGAUCAAGACGCAAGAGCCCACCACCGUGCUUACCUACCUGUUCAAGAUGGCACAUGCCCUCAGCAGCAGUUACGACCACUUGCAGGUAGUAGGUUCGGAGAAGAACGUCAUGAUUGCUAGGUUGGCGCUGUAUGUUGCUGCUAGGCAGGUGCUGUAUAAUGGAAUGAGGGUACUGGGACUGAGUCCCGUAGAGAGGAUGUAA